UCGCUCCGCUGCCGGCCCGCGGGCGGCUCGGCGGCCAUGCGGGCGGUACAGCCGCGCUCCCGGCAGCAGACCCUGGCCCUGCGGCGGCAGCUCGUCGGCUCUUCUUGCAAGCUGUUUUUUCCUCAUGAUCCAGUGAAGAUCACCACGGCCAAGGGCCAGUAUAUGUAUGAUGAGAAUGGGAGACAGUACCUAGACUGCAUAAACAAUGUGGCUCAUGUUGGACACUGUCACCCUGAUGUAGUGAAGGCAGCCCAUGAACAGAAUCAGUUGUUAAAUACAAAUUCUCGUUACCUUCACGACAACAUGGUUGAUUAUGCAGAGAGACUUUCAAAAACACUACCUGAGAAAUUAUGCAUCUUCUAUUUUUUGAAUUCUGGGUCUGAAGCCAACGACCUUGCCCUGAGACUGGCACGGCAGUACACAAAACACCAGGAUGUGAUUGUUUUAGACCAUGCUUACCAUGGACAUCUGACAUCUUUGAUUGACAUAAGCCCAUAUAAAUUCAGAAAUCUAGAAGGACAAAAGGAAUGGGUCCACGUGGCUCCUGUUCCAGACACAUACAGAGGACUUUAUAGAGAAGACCAUGAAGAUCCAGUAACAGCCUAUGCUGAUGAAGUAAAAAAUAUUAUUGAGCAUGCACAGAAGAGAGGCAGAAAGAUUGCUGCAUUUUUUGUUGAAUCUCUACCAAGUGUUGGUGGUCAAAUCAUUCCCCCAGCAGGAUAUUUUCAGAAGGUUGCAGAGCAUGUGCACAAGGCAGGAGGUGUAUUUAUUGCUGAUGAAAUUCAAGUUGGCUUUGGCAGGGUUGGCAAGCACUUCUGGGCAUUCCAGCUUCAGGGAGAGGAUUUUAUACCUGACAUUGUCACUAUGGGGAAGCCAAUAGGAAAUGGGCACCCACUUGCUUGUGUAGCAACAACAAAAGAAAUUGCAGAAGCUUUUGCGGCCACAGGAGUGGAGUAUUUUAAUACAUUUGGUGGGAACCCUGUUUCAUGUGCCAUUGGAUUAGCUGUGUUGGAUGUAAUUGAGAAGGAACACCUUCAGGCUCAUGCCACAGAGGUAGGCAGCUUCUUGAUGAAGACACUCAAGGAGCAGCAAAUCAAGCAUCCCAUCAUUGGUGAUGUCAGAGGGUGUGGCUUAUUCAUUGGAGUAGACUUAAUCAAGGACCAAGCAGAAAGGACUCCAGCCACAGCAGAAGCAGAGGAACUAAUAACAAGACUUAAGGAAAAAUAUAUUCUACUAAGUACAGAUGGGCCAGGAAGAAAUGUGCUGAAAUUCAAGCCCCCGAUGUGUUUUAAUAUGGAGGAUGCAAAAUUUGUUGUGGAGACAAUAGACCAAAUACUAACAGAUAUGGAAAAAGAAUGUCUGAGCCAAAAGAAAACACCUCUUUGUUCCAGCUGAGCAGGUAUUUACCUAUAGCCACCCAGUAUUAUUUAAAAGCCAGGUUCCUAAACAUAACUUCAGAAGCACUAUCAGAAUAAAGCUUCCUCAGAGAUGCUUUUACUCAAAGUUUGCAGGAAUUUCUGGGAAUCUCCAGGCAUGGACCACACUUGUGUACAUCCAGCAUUCACAACUGCCCUCCAUCAGUCUGACCCUCCCAGCAACACUGUGUGCAUCACUUGUUGGAAGCAAGGGCCAACAUGUCCCAGACAUGACUGUCUCUAGAGCAUGCAAAUGACUGCACAUCCACACAAACAGAGCUUUUCUGCUUGCUAGUCAGUGCCUUCAGGCUCCGCCUGCAUAAACACUUCUCAGCAGAUCUCCUCUUAAGUGUCAUUUCAGGUUCACAGCUGGCAUCUCAUCCUUCAGGAUCCAUUCACCCCUAGACUCAAAAGUUUGUGGGUAUCAGAGUAAGAUUGGUCUUGUUAAGUCUUCAAAGCCUUGUUAUGUCUUCAUCUGUUGAGGUCCCUCAGUAGGUUGCCAAGAGAACAUCUAGCUGCAACUCAGUUUGCUGCACACCCAUGAGCACAGUGUAACUCACAGUUAACACCUUGGUAACAACACCCUUUGUACACUUAGUACUUCUCCAAACUACUCUGACUAAAAGACACCCACAUGUUUAUUAGAACUCUGGAUAGCUGGGCAGGAGUGCACCUAAUGGGGUCAUUGUGAGCAGUGUAAUCACCUGU